AGGAGAAGCGUAUCGAACGACGCCACUCACAGACAGUUAUUGUUACUCUCACCACGCUACACACUCACACUUGGCCCGUUAUUACCAUUGUCAUUUGUAAUCACAGUCGUUGCGACGUGUCCUUUUCCACCGGAGGAUACACUGGGCAAGGCAAGAGUUCAGUCGAAAGCGUUCAUAAGACGAUAACCAUUCCACGGGGCCACAACAUCAUCAUUUGAAUAAUUUAACCAAAGGAAAAGUGUCUCUCCGUCUGUCUGCCUGUCUGCCAGUCUCUAUUGCCCGGGCGCGCAUUCAAUUAAAGUCGAACAAAACUGGGGAAUUGCAUAGAUUCAGUGCAGGUGGUGCAACACAAGUUUGUGCAUCAACUCAAGUAAGUAGUUCCGGUCGGUUCGUAAGACAAGACAUCAAACGCAAGUGUGCGACGCCAUGAAAUAACAGCCAAAAUAUUUGUAUUGCCUAGGCCAAAAAACCAUUUGGUCAUUUCGUUUUCAAUUAUGCUCCAAGAGACAACUCAAAUUGUUAAGGAAUUUGUCUAUUGCCUUUUGCUUAGAGGCGGCAACAUGACACCCACCCUCUACUAUUUGCCACCGAGUCCGCCGUGCCGCUCCAUACUGCUGCUGGCGAAAAUGUUGGAUGUGGAAUUUGACCUGAAGGUCAUUAACAUCAUGCAGGGGGAGCAAAUGAAACCGGAAUUUCUCGAAAUGAAUCCGCAACAUUGUGUGCCAACAUUAAAUGAUGACGGCUUAGUCCUGUGGGAGAGCCGAGCCAUUUUGUCGUAUAUGGUUUCAGCAUUUGCCAAAGAAGAUACACUCUAUCCCAAGGAUGUGCGGGUGAGAGCAUUGGUGGAUCAACGUUUAAUGUUUGACUUGGGCACGCUAUAUCAACGUAUGAUGGAAUAUUAUUUUCCCACCAUGUUCAUGGGAGCUCCGCUGGAUGAAGCAAAAAAAGCCAAAUUAUCCGAGGCAUUGGGCUGGUUUGAUGAAAUCCUCAAAGGUAGGCAAUUCUCGGCUGCGGAACAUUUUACAAUUGCCGAUCUAACCUUGAUGGUGACCAUAUCCCAAAUUGAGGCCUUUGGCUUUGAUCUACAUACAUAUAACAGGAUAAAACAAUGGUACAAACGAUGCAAGGACCACAUGGAACCAUAUGAUUAUGCAAAUUUGAAUGGCAAUCAAGCUUUGGUACUUGCUGAAAUGUUCAAAGAAAAACUACAAAAAUAAUGGAAACGAGGGGUUACUAUCAACGCUCGCCACUGUGCUGGGAUAAACGAAUUUAGCAUGUUUAAUCAUCUAAUGCAGGAGAAAAACCAAAGCAUACUUUUAGGAGGUUUUUGGAAUAGAUCGUAAUUUAAUUUUAAACGUCAUUUAUAUUUAAAUAUGUGCAAUUUUACGGUAUAUGUGUUGAACUUAAAACAAAAAAUAUGGAAAUUAAAAAGUACAAGUACU